AUGGGGGCUCGCGCCAGCGAUGAGUCCGGAGGCUGGCCCUUCAUCAGUGUUCAGAUCGUGACCUACAAGCGCCCUGCCUUCUUGCUGCAGGCGCUUCGGCAGAUCGAGGCGCAGGACUACCCGGGCGCAGUGGAGGCGAUUGUCAUGGACGACAGCCCCACGCCCAACCAGGAGGUUGAAGGCGAGUUCUCCUUCGCCAGGUACUUCCACCUCACUUCUCGACGCAGUAUCGGGGAGAAGCGGAACCUGGCGGUGGCAGAAGCUGCGAGGUCCGGUGCCGACAUCAUCUGCAUCUGGGAUGAUGACGACGUCUUCACCGUGGAUCGGCUCCGGCAGCAGGUGGCGCGCAUGGUCCAGAGGCCUGCGAACUGCUCCAGUAUCCAGGUCGCCUUUGUGGCGGUCUUGGCGUCGGGGAAGCUCUUGCGGUGCAAGGGCCUGCCGCUGCCCUUCGAGAACUCCUUCUGCUUCCGCCGGGCGUGGCUGGAGAGCAGGCCUCGCUUCAGCAACUGCAGCCUGGGUGAGGGCAACGUGGUCUUCGAGGGCCUGGAGGACUGGUUUUCGGAGGCUCAGCCGAUUGAUGGGGAGGAGCUCCCGUUUUUGUACGUGCGCACGGAGCGCUCCACGUCCCCGGACGAUGCGCUGGAGCCCUACGAGGUGCGGUCCAUGAUCUCGGAGCCUUCGCGCCUGGACCUCCCCCUGCUGUCGCUGGCACGGAGCUUCCUGCGGCACCGCUGGCCGGAGCUUGGGGGCCACGGUGCGCGGGCGCUGCAGAUCGCGCAGGUUCCUUACUCGGACCUGUCAGAUGGAUUUCAGGAGGCCCUGCGCGCCGCCUGGGCCGCGGACCUGGCCUGGAUGCGGAACGUCACAGGCGGCGCGGCGCUGGCGCCGGCCUACUGGGCGGCCCUGACGGCGGACGCGGAGGCGCCGGAGGCGCCGGAGGCGGGCGAGGCCUGGGGCGGCGGCGGCGGGGCGGAGGACUUGGGGCCGGAGGCUGCCCUGGAGCUGCUGGAAGCUGGCCUACAUUUGCGCAUGGCGGACGCCAAAGUGCGGAAGAAGCCCAGCUCCAAGAAGGAGACGAAGACGGAGCCAAAGGCUCAGGCAGAAGAGCCGCUGAGAAUCUGGGGCUUCAAGGUGAACCCCAGCGCGCUCCCGGAGCUGCUCCUAGUCCUGGCCAUCGCCGCGGUCUUCGGGGCCGUCUGCGCCUCCCGUUUGGACAUGUCCAGGCAGAGUGCAGUGAUCUGCGGGCUGUUCGUUGCCCUCCAGGCGCAACGCAUCAUCCGCGGGAUUCGCGACUGGGUGGCCUACAAGACCUGA